AUGGAUGUCACCAUGGUGAUUGAAAAUGGUUUUUUAUCAGAUAACAUAGACACUGAUAUGAUAAAUUCAACAAAUUGCCAAUGCAUUCCAAAAAAUUGUGCAUGCUGCAUGACGUUAAAUGUUGCAAAAAUUGGUCUUGGUGAUUUCGCAUGUGUAAAUAUUACGUAUAUAUCAGAAGAUAUCGGUGUUCGUUUAUCUUUUUCUAUAAAUGGCUAUAUUUAUAUUUCGAGAGAAAUAUCAUUGCGUAAUCCACCACCGUAUUGUUUGUCAUUGCCAUUUUUGAAGGAAUACGCUAGUAUUUGCUUACGUUUACGUAAUUUAAAACUUCGAAAAAGAAACCUUGACGGUUGCUUGGAAUUAGACGCUGAACUGUACCACGUCCACGUGGCUACGUUACAUCUAGGUUGUUUCACUAUACCAAUCUGA